ACCCAACUGACGUAUAAGUUACGCCUUUAAUUUACUUGUCAAAUAAACAGCUGAUCAAAAAAAAGGAUUUUUUGAUAAAAACCGCAUGCAAAAUGAUUCAUUUUAAUACGGAUUGAUUUCAUCGACGUGAUGGCAAAUCAUAAUUUUAAGGUGGUACUUUUAGGAGAAGGUUGCGUAGGAAAAACUAGCUUAGUUUUACGUUACAUAGAAAAUACUUUUAAUGCUAAUAAUUCCAGUACUGUGCAGGCAUCCUUUCUAACAAAAAAAUUAAACAUUGAUGGUGAGCGAAUAAAUCUCGCGAUAUGGGAUACGGCAGGUCAAGAACAAUUUCACGCCUUAGGACCUCUUUAUUAUCGAAAUUCAAACGGCGCCGUUUUGGUGUAUGAUAUCACAAAUGAGUCUUCGUUCCCAAAAGUGAAAAGUUGGGUAAAAGAAUUGCGAAAGAUGCUUGGUGCUGAUGUGAACUUAGUGAUAGUGGGCAACAAGACUGACUUGGAAAAGGAGCGACAUGUAAACUUUGAAGAGGCGGAAAAUUACGCUAAAGCCGUUGGGGCGCUUCACUUUCAAACGUCAGCUAAACUCAACGAAGGUAUUGAGGAUGUAUUUUUAGCGUUAGCAAAGAAAAUGCUCGAACUUGAAGAACAACAACAACUCAACAAAACCCAAUCGUUAGAAAGACAAAAUUCUCAAAGGAGAAAUGUUGUUGUUGUUGAAGAUGAUGAAAUUACGGUGCCUCAAUCGAAAUCAUGUUGUGGUCAUUCGUAAAAAGGAUUUUCUUUGUUAACAAAGAAUUAAAUUGGAAUUUGGAAAGGAGAAAGUGACGUGAUAAAAGAAAAUGAAAGCUUGAUUUUUUUUGUUAUUUUUCUAUUUUGCUUUUUUUACGU